AUGUGUAGGUUGAUAAAAAAAUCAGGAAAAGCAAUUUUAACCAGGCUCAUAUUCGGGGCACAUGGAGCACUGGCUGUUUACAGAAUAGUUACACUGAAAGAUGAUCCCUACUACUGGUAUCUAGCUAUAACUAUUCUACUGCUUGGUUUUGAAGGAAUAUUUACACUUACAAUAAAGGAAACUCAAGAAUGGAAAUUCUUCUGUCCAAGUGUGUUUCUUUACUUAACAAGUGUAUGUCCUGCUAUAUGGCUGAUAGAGCUGGACAAGCUGGACACGAGAUUACAGCAGAAGGAGAGCAGAGAGAUGUUGCUCAGUGGAAACUAUUCUACUUUUUCUACACUUCUAUCAGACGGUAUGGUUGAUGAUACAGAGGAUAGAAUUGGAUUUAACUCAACCCUAAACACUACACUAGAUCUGAAUGUUCUCAAAGAUGUCGGGAUUCCAGUUGAUCUAUCCAAUAUUCCAAUACAGGUUGAUAAUGAUACAUUAGUUCUUAUUAUUGAACAGUUUCUUAUGCUUAUUCUCAUUAUCGGGAGAUGGAUGUUACCAAAGGGUAACCUGACUCGUGAUGAGCUGGCUCAAAUUCUUCUCUGCUAUAUUGGGACUGCUGCGGAUAUUAUUGAAUUCUUUGAUUCAUUUAAGGAUGACAAGGUGAAUACAAACAAGGUAUUGUGUGUGGCUGUCCUGUCUAUCUGGUCCUGGUCUUUGAUGCAGUUCACCUUCGUCAUCACCUCCUCCAAGGAGAAACCUAUAGACCUAAAUGCAUCGGCUUGUGAGAAAGCAAAGCAGAUUUGUUGUAAUGUUGAUGUCUGGGGGAUUCUUAUAAAUAUCAUACUUCAGGAUGCUCCUUUCUUUGUAUUCCGCUUGCUGUUAAUCACCUACUACAAGCUCAUCUCCUACAUGAACAUAUUCUUCAUCUGUAAGAACACCUUGGUCAUCACAUUACAGUUCUACCGGCUGUUUGUUGUUCAGCUGGAAGCAGCUGAGGCAGCUGCUAAGGAAGCUGAAGGACAGAAAGGAAGAUUAUCUAAGAAGGGAACAGUAGGAGGGAAAGGUUGUGGAGUUGGAACAGCAAGCAUAAAAGAGAAUAUUAUUAGAAGUAGAGUAGAGUCUGAAAGGAAUACAAGGAACCGUAGUGGGAGAGGAUUCAAGGGUAGGAGGGAGAGUGAGAGAACUAAAGGAGAAUAUACAAGGGUAGAAACAGAUAAAACCAUCAGACUCAAGGAGGACGGUUCAAGAAGAAGAGAGAACGGUUCAAGAAGAAGAGAGGACGGAUCAAGAAGGAGGGAGGAGGGAUCAAGAAGGUUGAGGGAUGAAAGCAGCAGAUCUAGACAAGGUAGCUCGUCCAGGAGUAAGGGAGGAGUUGUAAGAAGAUUGGAGCGAGGUAGAUCUAGAGGGUUGGAUUCAACCAGAACUCUUUCUGAAGGAUCAUUCUAUAGUAAUCCUAUAGAGUCCAGAGGUUACCUACUGCAUGGGGAACCAGAUUCUAGACUUGUUUUAAAGGACUCACAAUGGACUUACAGGAAGGGCGAGAUGAGAAGAAGUAAACAUAAAGCAGACAGAAACCAAACUGAGAAUGUAGAUGGUAUAAUCCAUCUAGAAGAUGAAUAUCUCGACUCCCAAGAUACAGAGGAUGAAGACACACUAAAAGAUUUUAAAACCAGCAUUUUUUCUCCAGAUGAACUCUCCAUGCUUAAAAGACCCGAAAAAGAUGGCUCCGAAGAAACUGAUACUGAUCCUCUUCUCAUGCUCAAUGCGCAAGGAUCGCAGGACUCUAAAGCAUUAAAACGGCAAAGAAGACUUCUUAACUCUGGAUCAAAGGGAAGCUGUGGGUCAGGUUCUGGUUCACAGGAGACUACUCCCAGAGGAGCACAGUUUCUUCUGUCGUCUUCAUUCUCUGUAGAAUCCGAACCAAGACCUGGCAAAAGACAGGAUACUGGAUACUCAACCGCUUCCUCAGAAUCAAGACCAUCUAAAGUAGUGCAGAAUAUAUUUGAGGAGGAAAGUACAACUAACAGUUUUGAUAGAGAAAAUGAGGUUAGAGAACUAAGGAAUAUGAGCGAGGAAGGAUCAGAAUACAGAGAACUAAGAAAUGGAAGUGAGAGUGACGAAACUGUUACAUCUGGUGCUAGGAGUACAGUUAGAAGUUCCAAAUCAUCCAGCGGGGUUCUUUACUCUGUUGGAAGGCGAAGUGUUAUAUCUGGUGCUGGGUAUAGAGGCUAUUCAGCAACUGAUCUCAGCAUCUUUGCCGCUAAAACAGCAGCUCAUCAGGCUGAACUCGCAGAGCGAGUGUGACAACGGCACGCGGCAGUUUUCGUCGUCUUCUUCCUUUUUAUCAUAAUAACGAUGGUUGUU